AUGAAGGACGACAAUGCCGACGAUGAUACUCAGCUGGCCCAGAUGGGCCACAAGGCAGAGUUGAAACGUCACUUUUCAUUAUUGUCUAUGCUGGGGCUUGCAUUUGCGAUUCUAAAUUCAUGGACUGCGCUGUCAGCGAGUCUAUCUCUCAGUCUACCCUCGGGUGGUAGUGCUAGUGUGGUCUGGGGCCUGGUUACCGCAGGCAUUUGCAAUUUGUGCAUGGCGGCCUCUCUGGCCGAGUUCCUUUCUGCAUACCCUACUGCUGGAGGCCAAUAUCAUUGGGUUGCUGUCAUCACUGGAGAAAAGUGGAUGCCAAUCCUGUCCUGGAUAACUGGCUGGGUGAACUGCUCUGGCUGGGUGGCUCUUGUAGCCACAGGUGGCCUGCUGGGCAGCGAGUUGAUCCAGGGUGUGAUCUCUCUGAUGAACCCGGCCUACAAACCCCAGCAAUGGCACCAGUUCUUGAUUUACCUGGGUUAUAAUAUCGCCGCGUUCAUCAUCAAUGCUUUCAUGAACAAUCUGCUCCCCUACGUCAACAAAGCUGCCUUUAUCUGGUCUUUGACUGGUUUUGCCGUGAUUUGCAUUACGGUUCUUGCAUGUGCCUCGCCGAACUAUAACUCCGGCGAUUUUGUCUUUCGGGAGUUUGUCAACAAGACAGGAUGGCCUGAUGGAAUUGCCUGGUUGCUCGGGCUGCUGCAAGGUGGACUCGGUGUGACUGGAUUUGAUGGUGUUGCCCAUAUGAUUGAAGAAAUCCCCAAUGCCUCGGUGGAAGGGCCUAAAAUCAUGAUUGCCUGCGUUGGAAUCGGGACCGUAACUGGAUCAAUCUUUCUUGUCGUCUUGCUUUUUGUGGCGGGCAAUAUCUUCAAUAUCAUCGACUCUCCGGCCACCCCACUUCUCGCUAUCCUGAAGAAUGCUACCGGGAACAACGCUGGGGCGAUCUGCCUUUUAAUUUUCCCUCUCAUUUGCAUCUUGUUUGCUGCCACGGCCAUAAUGACCACGAGUAGUCGCAUGUGCUAUGCCUUUGCGAGAGAUGGCGGUCUGCCAGCAUCCCCCUUCUUUUCCAAGGUCCACCCCAAGUUGAAAGUCCCUCUGAAUGCGCUCUAUCUCAAUCUGGGAUUGGUCACGGUGUUCGGUCUGAUCUUCCUCGGCUCUUCAAGUGCCUUCAACGCUAUUAUUUCCUCUUCGGUAGUUUUGUUGGAUCUCGCUUAUGGCAUCCCCAUCGCGGUGAAUUGCGUUCAAGGGCGGAAGAUGCUCCCUGCUCGGCCAUUCGUUCUACCCAAUGUCUUGGGUUGGAUCUUGAAUAUUAUUUCUUUGGUCUAUAUCACCUUGACGACCGUUCUCUUCCUCUUUCCUCCUAACCUGCAUCCCACGGGCAGCAGUAUGAACUACUGCGUUGUUGCCUUUGCCAUUAUCCUAAUCAUCUCUAGUUUCCAAUGGAUCGUGGACGGACGCAAGAACUACGUCGGCCCCAGAAUUGAGGUGGAAGUGCUGGCAGGACAGGCCGGGGGCCCUGCUGAACCACCGGUGCCAUAUGUUGAACAUGAGAAAUAG